AUGGUCGCCAGUGGAGUGUUCUGGCGUGUGGCCGUGCUGGCGUCCGUAUGUUUUGCGCUCGUAGCCGGCGAGAGUCAUUUGCGGCUUCCCUUUGUGCUGGAUUCACACCUCCAUCCGCACAGUGAUUACGUGGCCAACCGAUCGGAAGCUCUACGCUUCCGGACACGCGUUGAUCAUUAUGACGUCCAGAACAGGGAUACGUUCGAGUUUGACUACCUCUCGAACGACGAGUUCUACCAGCCCGGUGGCCCAAUCUUCAUCGUGGUUGGUGGUAACUCCGCCAUCAACGGAUACUUCAUCGAGAACGGGCUGUUCCACGAUAUCGCUCGCAGCGAGGGUGCCUGGCUGUUUGCGAACGAGCAUCGCUACUACGGCCGUAGCGCACCGGUUGAGAACUACUCGGCAACAAACAUGCGAUUCCUGAGCGUGGAACAAUCGCUGGUCGAUCUGAUCGAGUGGAUCGAUUAUCUGCGACAAGAGGUGGUCCGCGAUCCGAACGCCAGGGUGGUUCUGCAUGGUUUGGGCUAUGGUGGUGCCGUCGCGAUCUGGGCUCGCCAACGGUUCCCGCAACUCAUCGACGGUGCCUGGGGCUCGGUAGCGUCCGUGAUCGCACGCGUCAACUUCAACGAGUACGGCGAGGAUAUGGGCAACACGGUACGCCAUCUCGGUAGUGACGCGUGCUUCGGAAUCCUUUGGCGUGGAUUCCGCACCGCCGAGAACCUCAUCGAUGCGGGUCUGUACGGGCGUGUUUCGGAACUGUUCCGCACCUGCGAACCACUCACUGCCAACGAUCCACUGACGGUGGAGACUUUUUUCUACGGGCUGAAGAGUUCAAUCGAACAGGAGAUGUACGGUGAAGCGAACCCGCAGUCAGUAACGCGCAUGUGCCAGGAACUGGAGGCCGAUACGGCCGGUACCGAUUUGGAGGUGUUGGCGAACUUUUUCGAACGCCGGUAUGCUCCGUUCGAGUGCGUUCCGUUCGAUUUCGAGAGCAAUAUCGCUAGCGCCUUGUACGAGGGUGUUGGUGCACCGACGAACGCUGAGCUAGGUAUCCGGCAGCGGUUGUACCAGCUGUGCACGGAGUUUGGUUGGUUUCUGACGUCCGCCACCGGUGACAGUCCAUUUGGGACGCGCAUCACUUAUCGCUACUUCAUCGACACUUGUCGGGCGGUGUUUGGUGAUUGGAUUGAUCAGGAGGUCGUGUACGAUGGUGUCCGUUUGACGAAUCUACACUUUGGGGCGGAUGAUCCACGUGUCACCAAUGUGGUGUAUGUGAACGCGGAGCUGGAUCCAACGCGGCUCGUAUCGAUCACUGACUACAUCAACGUGCAGUCGAAUGCGUUCGUCAUCCAGGGGGAACUGAUUGCACUGGACUGGUUGCCACAGAGUCCGGCCGAUUCGGACGAUUUGAGUCGCAUCAAGAGUGAGAUCAGCGCGUACGUUCGUGGAUGGUCUAGAGGAGGUUUAACGGAUUGA